CGGCAGGAGCAGCAGCAGCGGUAGCGGCGGCGGUGGGCGCAGUGGGUAGACUGACGAGCGGGCACAGACGGUAGCACGGCUCCCGCGCGCCAUGCCCCGGUUGCCCGGGGGACACUAGCACCCGCGUCCCUAGCCUGGCACGGGCCCUUGGCGCGUUACGCUCCGCGGCAUUCUGGCUGAGCGGAUUUAUCGGCGAUCCGAAACCUCCCACCCCUGCUCGCUCACACUCCCCACUCACACUCCCCACACCACACACUCACUCUUCCUUUCUCUCACACAUUCACCCACAGCCCGAGACAGAAAGAGACUGCGAGAUAGACCUCCGAGUGCUGGAGCGCCCGGGAGGGAGUGAGCCCAACGCAGCGCGGCCAGCGCCUCUCCAGGAGGAUGGAAUCAAGUCGCUCCCGCAAGUAAACUUUGGCGGCGACAUAACCGUCGACCGUGGCAGCUGCUGAGGCGGACCCCAGCGACAUGCAACUGAGCUAGGAGGGCUUCCUACCGCGGCGGCGGCGGCGGCGGCGGCCCUCGGAGCGACACCCCAGCCCAGACUGAGGGAGGAGGAGAAGCCCCUGGUACCUGCGGCGUCGGCCCCGCCUCUCCUGGCCGGUACUGUUGUUGCUUUGCCUCCCCUCCUCCCCAUUCCCCGCCCCCCGGGCCAUUGGAAAGACCCGGACUUCUAUUUUCUUGGACAAAUUGCCAUCGGCCCGCUUUCGCAAACUUGACGUGGAGGCUCGGGCUGCGUUGGUAACUGUGAUUUUCGAGACGAAAACGCCCGCAGUCCAACUGCUCUGUGGGGGUGGCUCCGUGCCCAUCUCCGAUCCUGGACACACGCGCCCCUCAAGCCUUCUGAAGCCAACCACAGUGCAAGGGAGCGCGUUCUCGUCUCGGCAGCCUCUCUCCCCUCCCCCUUCUUCUGCCGGCCCGGGGAGAGGCGUCCCGCUCAGCCGGAUACUCUGGCGGCUGCGGCGCUUGACAGCAACUCAGACUCCCUCCUGCGACCCCCCUUUCUCCCCAACAGGCCUCGAAAAGACCAGCGUGACCCCCCCGGACGCGGGGCGCGUCCAGGCGGGUCCUGUCUCCGCAGUGAUCCAGGAGCACUGGGGGGGAGGUCCUUGCGCAUGCCAGGUGCACAGACUACGCGAUAGCCAGCCCCAGUGCAGGUGCGCCGCGGCGGGCCGGGCACUGCUUGAGAGGCUGUACCCUCACUGCACUCCCCGCCUUCGCCUCAAGCGCGGUCAGGACUCAGCAGCGCGUCGACCCGGCCGCUCAGACGCCGUCCGACCCGCAGCCCUGCGCCGCUGCGGCCAGUCGAGCCCGGCUAACUUUGAAGGGGGAAAACUGAGUAGCCGGGCUGGAGGGAGGGGGCUCGGGGCCGCGCGGCGCUCCCUCGGCCCCCCGGAGCCCCCGGGUCCCCCGCGAGCCCCCGCCCGGUCCGCCGCAACCUCAGCAUUGGAGCCGGCGCGGGUGUCCCCCCCGCGCCGCCGGGCCGCCCUGGGCGAGACUCCUCCGGCGGCCUCCGGGGCCCCGGGGCGCGCGCAACAGGCGGCCCGAGUCGGCGGGAAGCUGGAGCGCCGGCGGCGUCGGCCUCGGAGGGGUGUGGAGAGGCGAGGCCAGGCAGAGCCCCGCGCAGCCAUGGAGUCGCUCCUGCUGCCGGUGCUGCUGCUGUUGGCUGUACUGUGGACACAGGCGGCCGCCCUCAUUAACCUCAAGUACUCGGUAGAAGAGGAGCAGCGCGCCGGGACGGUGAUCGCCAACGUGGCCAAGGACGCGCGCGAGGCGGGCUUUGCACUGGACCCACGGCAGGCCUCUGCCUUUCGUGUGGUGUCCAACUCCGCUCCGCACCUGGUGGACAUCAACCCCAGCUCGGGCCUGUUGGUCACCAAGCAGAAGAUCGACCGUGACCUGUUGUGCCGCCAGAGCCCCAAGUGCAUCAUCUCGCUUGAGGUCAUGUCCAGCUCAAUGGAGAUCUGCGUGAUUAAGGUGGAGAUCAAGGACCUGAAUGACAACGCGCCCAGCUUCCCAGCGGCACAGAUUGAGCUGGAGAUCUCAGAGGCGGCCAGCCCCGGGACACGCAUCCCGUUGGACAGCGCGUAUGACCCGGACUCGGGCAGCUUCGGCGUGCAGACGUACGAGCUCACGCCUAACGAGCUAUUUGGCCUGGAGAUCAAGACUCGCGGCGACGGCUCGCGCUUUGCAGAACUCGUGGUGGAGAAGAGUCUGGACCGGGAGACGCAGUCGCACUACAGCUUUCGCAUCACUGCGCUCGACGGCGGCGACCCGCCGCACCUGGGCACUGUUGGCCUCAGCAUCAAGGUGACCGACUCCAAUGACAACAACCCUGUGUUUGGCGAGUCCACCUAUUCAGUGACCGUGCCAGAGAACUCACCUCCCAACACGCCUGUCAUCCGUCUCAACGCCAGUGACCCAGACGAAGGCACCAAUGGCCAGGUGGUCUACUCCUUCUAUGGCUACGUCAACGACCGCACUCGAGAACUCUUCCAGAUCGACCCGCACAGCGGCCUGGUCACGGUCACUGGUGCCCUAGACUAUGAAGAGGGCCAUGUGUACGAACUGGAUGUGCAGGCCAAGGACCUGGGGCCCAACUCCAUCCCGGCACACUGCAAGGUCACCGUCAGCGUUCUGGACACCAAUGACAACCCGCCGGUCAUCAACCUGCUGUCGGUCAACAGCGAGCUGGUGGAGGUGAGCGAGAGCGCCCCACCGGGCUACGUGAUUGCACUGGUGCGGGUGUCUGAUCGAGACUCCGGCCUCAAUGGGCGCGUGCAGUGCCGUUUGCUGGGCAACGUGCCCUUUCGGCUGCAGGAGUAUGAAAGCUUCUCCACUAUCCUGGUGGACGGACGGCUGGACCGCGAGCAGCACGACCAGUACAAUCUCACGAUCCAGGCGCGCGACGGCGGCGUGCCCAUGCUGCAGAGCUCCAAGUCCUUUACCGUGCGCAUCACCGAUGAGAACGACAACCACCCGCACUUCUCCAAGCCCUACUACCAGGUCAUUGUGCAGGAGAACAACACUCCCGGUGCCUAUCUGCUCUCUGUGUCGGCCCGAGACCCCGACCUGGGUCUCAAUGGCAGUGUUUCCUACCAGAUCGUGCCGUCGCAGGUGCGGGACAUGCCUGUCUUCACCUAUGUCUCCAUCAACCCCAACUCGGGUGACAUCUAUGCGCUGCGAUCCUUCAACCACGAGCAGACCAAGGCAUUUGAAUUCAAGGUGCUGGCCAAGGACGGCGGCCUGCCCUCGCUGCAGAGCAACUCCACUGUUCGGGUCAUCAUCCUCGACGUCAAUGACAAUACCCCAGUCAUCACCGCCCCACCCCUGAUCAACGGCACCGCUGAAGUCUACAUACCCCGCAACUCGGGCAUAGGCUACCUGGUGACCAUUGUCAAAGCAGACGACUACGAUGAGGGCGAGAAUGGCCGGGUCACCUAUGACAUGACAGAGGGCGACCGCGGCUUCUUUGAAAUAGACCAGGUCAAUGGCGAGGUCAGAACCACUCGCACCUUCAGCGAGAGCUCCAAAGCUUCCUACGAGCUUAUCGUGGUGGCCCACGACCAUGGCAAGACGUCUCUCUCCGCCUCUGCGCUCGUCCUAAUCUACCUAUCCCCUGCUCUCGACGCCCAAGAAUCGAUGGGCUCGGUGAACUUGUCCUUGAUUUUCAUUAUCGCCCUGGGCUCCAUUGCUGGCAUCCUCUUUGUCACUAUGAUCUUUGUGGCAAUCAAGUGCAAGAGAGACAACAAAGAAAUCCGGACCUACAACUGCAGAAUCGCUGAGUACUCCUAUGGGCAUCAAAAGAAAUCAAGCAAGAAGAAAAAAAUCAAUAAGAAUGACAUCCGCCUGGUACCCCGGGAUGUGGAGGAGACAGACAAGAUGAACGUUGUCAGUUGCUCCUCCCUGACCUCGUCCCUCAACUAUUUCGACUACCACCAGCAGACCCUUCCUCUGGGCUGCCGCCGCUCUGAGAGCACUUUCUUGAAUGUGGAGAACCAGAAUACCCGCAAUACCAGCGCCAACCACAUCUACCAUCACUCUUUCAACAGCCAGGGCCCCCAGCAACCAGACCUGAUCAUCAACGGUGUGCCUCUGCCCGAGACUGAAAACUAUUCUUUUGACUCCAACUAUGUGAACAGCCGAGCCCAUUUAAUCAAAAGCAGCUCCACCUUCAAGGACUUAGAGGGCAACAGCCUGAAGGAUAGCGGCCAUGAGGAGAGUGACCAGACCGACAGUGAGCAUGAUGUCCAGCGAAGCCUGUAUUGUGACACUGCUGUCAAUGAUGUGCUGAACACCAGCGUGACCUCCAUGGGAUCUCAGAUGCCUGACCAUGAUCAGAAUGAAGGAUUUCAUUGCAGGGAAGAAUGCCGGAUUCUUGGCCACUCUGACAGGUGCUGGAUGCCCCGGAACCCCAUGCCCACCCGCUCCAAGUCCCCUGAGCAUGUGAGGAACAUCAUUGCACUGUCCAUUGAAGCUACUGCUGCCGAUGUUGAAGCUUAUGAUGACUGCGGCCCCACCAAGCGGACUUUUGCAACCUUUGGAAAGGAUGUCAGUGACCACCCAGCUGAGGAGAGGCCCACCCUGAAAGGCAGGAGGACUGUUGAUGUGACCAUCUGCAGCCCCAAAGUCAACGGCGCUAUCCGGGAGGCAGGCAAUGGCUGUGAGGCUAUUAGCCCUGUCACCUCCCCUCUGCACCUCAAGAGCCCUCUGCCUACUAAGCCUUCUGUGUCUUACACCGUUGCCCUGGCGCCCCCGGCCCGCGAUCUGGAGCAGUAUGUCAACAAUGGCCCUUCUCGUCCCUCUGAAGCUGAACCCCGUGGAGCUGAUGGCGAGAAAGUUGUGCAUGAGGUCAGCCCUAUUCUGAAGGAAGGUCGUGACAAAGAGUCUCCUGGUGUGAAGCGUCUGAAGGAUAUCAUUCUCUAAAUCAGUCUUGGGGAAGAAGAGAGAGAAACCAUGCUGGCUAGCAAAGAAGCAGGAGCUGAUCAUUUUAAUUGCUCACCAAUGGUUGGUUCUUGAGUGGCUGUAUUUCAGAGCUUUCCCUAAAUGUAUUGUUUAUAAGUGACUAUCAUUCUGUGACAAUCCCUCUCAUUUCAACAGGCAGCAGGGGUGUUCCGUUGGAGCAAAUUAGCUUUGGCUUGAGUUGUUCAUGGGGCCUUGAUGUUGGGGAAGCAGAGACAAAUUCAGUUGUGAAAAGUAUUAUGUAUUAAGUGUUUGGAUUUAUAUAUUUUUGUAUGUCAAAAUUAUAAUAAAAAUUACCAUUGUUUGUGGAGGAUUACAUUUUAAAAAAGCAAAAAAAAAAAAAAAGCUCUGGACACCUUUAAUAGGCUCGCCACUGUUUUGUAGUGUAGACAAGUUAAUGGUCAUUUAUUGUGUACUAUUCAUUGAUUCAGUGAUGUGAAAUCAAGCCCCCAAAUGGUUGUUUCUGAAGCUCGAGUACUUUCCGAUGCCACUACUUUGCUGUGGACAUCCCUGCUUUAAGAACCCUUUUGCUAGCUGUGCUAUUGUCAUAUUUGAUAUUGCAAAUUGCUAUGUGUGUGGUGAUGGCAAAAGGCUUUUAGAAGUUGGUGUUUUUUUUCUUAAAAAACUAAAAUAAAACUACAGAUAAAAACAAAGUGCAAACAACUGAGACAACAAGUGAAUGAGUAACACCACACAUAUAGAUUGAGUACUUGGAGGAUACUCACUCACAGAGUCUACCCACGGAGUGGUUGCUCACCACAUUGCAGGGUAUUUUUCCUGACUUUCAGUCUUCUGCCCAGAUCCAUGAUAGAUCAUUGCAGAAAGACAUUCUUGGAUAUUCUGCUAUCUAAUUUGCAGCUGUCAGAAAUACUGUGCUGAAAAUUUUAUGAGAUCAAUUUUUCUAAUUUUCAGGCCCUGAACAGGAAAGCUGCUCCUGAAGUUAUCAGUUUCCAGGCUUAGAAAUUCCUUAUCUCCAAUCAUCUAAAACUCAAAAAGACUGAAUCUAUUUUGAGUUCUAAAUAAGCAUCUUUUUAGACACACACUUCCUGAUUCAGUGUUUCCCCGUCAUGAUUAGAAUUAGACUGCAAAGCAUGUCAUGGGCUGGAAUUGAGAACUCCAUGUUGCUCUGUAUCAUAGGAUUAUAAAUAGGGAUAGAGUAAGCAGUACAAAGUGUACAUUUAGGAAAAGACAGGUAACAGGUAACAGCAUCAUUAAUUCAAUUACUGUGCCUUCUAAAUGGAGACACUUGGACACUUGAACUCGUCUUUUUAUGACUAACACUUUUUUUAAAUUAAAAAUGUGAACAGGAAACUAUCAAAAAUGCAUUACAUUUAGCUAACUCUUUGCUGUAGGCUAGGAAUACAUCUUUUUUAUUAACAAGUUUGUUACACACAUUCUUUUUUUGUUUGUUUAACAUUCCUCAAACUCCCGUUUAUUUACUGUCUAUUAAUAUUCACUAGCCAACAUAGUAUUCUUGCAGCCUAAGAGUUCAUUAUUUAAAAAUAAACAAAUAUGUCACCUUUGCUCUGCCUUGGUCUUAAAAGAGUUGUUUCUAGAGAAACAAGUUUUGUGGUUAUGUUCUCAUUUGUUUCAUUUUUUGAAAUUCAAGAGUAUCCAGCAAAAAAAGGCUUAGAGGUUAGAGCACUAAGAAUGCAAAAGAGGAUUUAUUUUCUUAAAUUUAGGUAGAUAAGUCUGAUCUUU